AUGGCUGGUCAGGUAUUGGGCCUAAAUAUGCAAAUUGAUCAGCUGUACUCAAAGUCAUUUGUGCCCAACGAUAUAAUUAUCAGCUAUAGCUUGGAAAAUAGGGAGACCAUCAACUAUAACUUGACCGUAAAUGUGCACUUUCCCGGCAAACUGCUCAUGCAGAUCUUUGUACGGCGGCUGGACGAUGUGCCGGGUGGAACAAACACCUUCGAGAUGCUCAAAUUGAAGAAUUUGGAUUUCUGCAAGUCACUCGAAUCGAUGCGCAACAUGACCGUAGAUGAUUUCCAGAGCGAAUCCCUCAUUCCGCCCACCUUUCUUAUAUCCUGUCCAUUAAUGCCGGGCUUUUACUACGUGGACCGUGGCUUCUUCGAUGACAGCCUGUUUCCAUGGCCCAUCAAGGAUGGCAGAUACUUUCUGCUAUUCGAGCUGGUGCAGGUGUACGAGGAGGUAACCAGAUUAUUAAAUUGCAAAUUAAGGUUCAGCAAGAAGAUACCCGAGGCGAAGCUGGAGAGCAAAAAUAAUGGAGGCAGCAUGGAACAUGAAACCAACGACAAGCCUGAAGACGACUUUGACGGCUUUUAG